AUGGCGGCGUUAGCACCAGUCACACUCUUGCUCUUGCGCAAAACACAAGAUGUGUUCUGCAACAUCUUCCUCCGACAGUUGCGAAGCGAUCCAGCUUUUUCCGAGGGAACUUCCAGCCUCAUUCCUGCAUCUUGCGAGCAGGAUUCCUGGGGAAACGGAGUUUAUUCUGAUGCGUGGUCCAGAGAUUGUAGUCAUCGUCUUGGCCAGGUGAAGCUGCGCAGCUUUGGUUACGGAGUAUGCCUGGAUUGGAGUCAGCGACUUGUCCGUGAGGGUGGUGUUCAUUGCCAUCAUGGCAGCGCGAAAGAGCAAGGCGCAAUUUACGAUAGAACUACCGCUGAGAAUUACACCAGCAAGACUAAGCGUUGUGAUGAAACAACGUUCACUUUAUUCUAUCACCGAUCCCAGACAUCCUCGUCCGGGUUGUCUUCAAGAUCAUUGAGGUUCAUGACCGCUGUCCAGCCACCGUUUAAGAACACAACAUCCAGCCUUCCCAUCCCGUUCACGACUUCGGAAACCAGACGAGCGAAUUCCGCCUUCUGGCCCAAGUCAGCUUUGACACCAAGGAAAUCUGGCGUCGCGUCACUUGUGGCCUGGGUGGCGACAUCUUCUUCACCUCGGCCACUGAUCCGGAAGUCACGAGAACAACGGGUGGGGGUCGACACUGUGGUCAAUGCCCGGCUGGAAAGAGAUUUUGCAGGAACAUGUUCGCGAGGUGCGGAAUUUGAUGAAGGCCAUGAGGAAAGCCUGGGCGAGGGAUGCUCGAGGAUUGUCCCGUAUAUCUUGAUCUGGGGCCGUGAAGCUGGUCCAAAGGGCCGAGGCAACCGGCAUGCUCCAGUGGACGUUCGCAUUGUUCGCCCGAUGCCAGUCGGUGAAGAUUUUGAUUGA